CGCUGGCGGGGGGCGGUGCCGGGCGCGGCGCAGAGCGGAGGAUGCUGCGGGCGGGGGCCGCCGCCAGCCCCGGUGCCGGUCCCGGGCGGGAGGGCAGCCCGCCGCGUCCCGCCCGCUGAGCCCCGGCCCGGCCAUGGGGGCUCUGACCAGCCGGCAAAACGCAGGGGUGGAGGAAGUGGAUAUCCCCGCUAAUUCCGUCUACAGAUACCCCCCGAAAUCCGGGAGCUACUUUGCCAACCACUUCAUCAUGGGUGGCGAGAAGUUCGACUCCACGCACCCCGAGGGUUACCUGUUCGGCGAGAACAGCGACCUCAACUUCCUGGGGAACCGGCCCGUGGUGUUCCCUUACGCUGCUCCACCUCCUCAGGAACCUGUGAAGACCCUCAGGAGCCUAAUCAACAUCCGCAAGGACACCCUGCGCCUCGUCAAGUGCUCCGAGGAGGUGAAGGCCCCAGGGGAAGAAGUCAGCAAAGCCAAAGUGCACUACAACGUGGAGUUCACCUUCGACACAGACGCCCGCGUGGCCAUAACCAUCUACUACCAGGCGAGCGAGGAGUUUCACAACGGGGUGGCGAGCUACAUCCCCAGGGACACCAGCCUGCAGUCGGAGACGGUGCACUACAAGCGGGGGGUGUGCCAGCAGUUCUGCCUGCCCUCCCACACCGUGGACCCCUCGGAGUGGAGCGAGGAGGAGCUGGGCUUCGACCUGGACCGGGAGGUGUACCCCAUGGUGGUGCAGGCGGUGGUGGAUGAAGGCGAGGAGCACAUCGGGCACUGCCACGUGCUGCUGGCCACCUUCGAGAAGCACAGUGAUGGCACCUUCUGCGUGAAGCCCCUCAAGCAGAAGCAAGUGGUGGAUGGUGUGAGCUACCUGCUGCAGGAGAUCUAUGGCAUCGAGAACAAGUACAACACACAGGACUCCAAGGUGGCCGAGGACGAGGUGAGUGAUAACAGCGCCGAGUGUGUCGUCUGCCUCUCGGAUGUGCGUGACACCCUCAUCCUGCCCUGCCGCCACCUCUGCCUCUGCAACACCUGCGCCGACACCCUGCGCUACCAGGCCAACAACUGCCCCAUCUGCAGGCUGCCUUUCCGAGCCUUGCUUCAAAUCCGAGCCAUGAGGAAAAAGCUGGGUCCCCUCUCACCCACCAGCUUCAACCCCAUCAUUGCCUCGCAGACCUCCGACUCCGAGGAGCACUCGUCCACAGAAAACAUCCCCCCAGGUUACGAGGUGGUGUCAUUGCUGGAAGCCCUCAACGGGCCGCUGAUGCCCUCGCCGGCCGUCCGGCGGGCGCUUGGGGACCCUCCUGCCGCGGGGACCCUGCCCUCCUACGGCAGCGACGGCCCCCUGCCCCCCCUGCGCACACUCUCGCCUCUCGAGCGUCUCCCUGACUGCGGCCCCCCAGGGCUCAAGCUGAAGAAGAGCAUCUCCAAGUCCAUCUCGCAGAACUCCUCCAUCCUGCCCGAAGAGGAGGAUGAGAAGUCGUGCACUGAGUCGGAGCUGAGGGUCUCCCACAGGAGGUCCCUUGCGCGGUGUGAGGAGGAAUGUGGUGCGACGCCGGAGAGCGAAAACCUCACCCUGUCAUCAUCGGGAGCCAUUGACCAGUCCUCGUGCACCGGGACCCCCCUCUCCUCCACCAUCUCCUCCCCAGAAGCCCCACUCAGCCCCUGCUCUCCCCCAGAGCCCGUCAGCAGUAGCCUGGCCCAGUCCGUCAUGUCCAUGGCCUCCUCCCAGAGCCAGCACUCCCAGCUCAGCACCGACACCAUCUCCUCCAUGUCUGGCUCCUAUGUCGCUCCUGGCACAGAGGAGGACGAGGAGGAGGGGGACAUGCUCCCGUCACCUGCGGCUGCCAGCGUCACGGCCUCCGAUGGAGAGUCGACACCUGUGGAGUCCCCAGAUAUAAACUUUGUCAGCAUCUCUGCCGAGGAGUGUGAUGCCGAGAAACCCCUGGGGCCAGGGAUGUCCCCCAAAGAGACACAGAGACAGCCCCGUGAGGCUGCUAACACUGGCUGCCUCUCACCUGUGCCACAGGGCAACGAUGUGCUGGAGGAUGAGGAUGCUUCUCCCACGCAGGAAGAUGGCCCGAGGACAGGCGCUUUCCUCGGUCUGAGGUGUGACAAUAACAAUGACUUGGGCAUCGCACACGUGAAAGCGCUGGACAAUAAACUGUGCUCUGAGGCCUGCUUACCUGGCCUGGAGGCAGCCAACAACAACGUGCGGCUCCCACGACAGACCCCCUGGCCCCGCCGCCCCCCCGGCACCCCAGACCCGGAGGAGGCAGCGGCCGCCCUGCCCGUGUGAGGGCUCAGCCUCUGUGGGGACACGCGUCCCGCUGCCCACCUGGAGGGACCCUGGUGUCCGGGCACCGUGGGCAUCGCCAACUCCACCCCUCGGCUGUAGUGGGACUGAUUUUCGAAAGAAAAGAUGGUAACCUCGACUCUUCUUUCUCGGGCCCCCCUGUGCCAGAGGCAGGGGGAGUGAGCCACAUCACUUUGGAGCCCCCCAUCAGCACCUUCCCAUUCUCCAGCCCCAGAGGGGACAGGUUGGAGUCUCCUCCUGCCCUUGGCCAUCUCACGCCCCAGGGCUGCUCUCCUCCUGCAUGUGGAGCAGAUGGGACAGGGUCACCCUGAAAGGGGAGUCCUGGGAUGUGUCUGGAGGGGGAUGAUGGGAUGAGGGUACCCAGGCGUGCAGGUUAAGGAUGAGUGUUGGCAUUGGCAUCCUCGGUGCAUGAGCUGGUGACCUUCAUGGGGAGGCUGGGCCACCCCAGGUUUGCUGGCCCAUGCCUCUGCCGUGCUGUGGGAUGUCCCCAUUAGUGCACUGGUGGUGAUGGUGCCCCCCCAGCACCUCCUCCCUCCAUUCUCUGCCUGGGCAGCAUCUGGGCUCUUGUGCUGGGCCCGCGAUGUGGCUUUUCCCCAGGGAUGGAGCAGGGUGGCAGGGGUGGGCAGGGGACCUGGUCACCCACCUAGUCACCAGCCCCCCCAAGACACUGCAAAUUGAACCUCACUGUCUUCCGCCCCGCUGUGAACUCGGGGCUUGGGGCUGUGCCCUCUCUCUGGAACAAGUGCCAAAAGUGUCACCCCUGUCCCACCUAUCCUGCCCUCUCCAUCACACUUUGUAGCAGGGGAUGGAUGAGGGUGUGGGAGCUGCCCCCACCCUUUCGUUCCCUCCCUCCAUCCUCAUCCUUCUGGCUAGCACUGGGCUGACAGCAUAAGCGGGUUUUGCUCCAGGGGACAAGGACACCGGUGGGGUAGGGACACAGCCACAGCCCUCAGGGACCUGCUGGGGCCAUUGGCAGAGGCCAGGCUAUGCCCUGUGGAGCACCAGAGACAGUCAGAAGCCACUUUGAAGAGCAUCAGACCCAGCAUCCCAAUCUGGCUACCUCUGGAGCUGUUUGGGCCAGCCCCAGGCAGGAGGCUGAGCCACAUUUUUCCCCAUCUGGUGUUGUCACACAGAUGUGACUGCAAAGGCCACUUCCUUUUUGCAGGAGGAAACUGUUUCAGAGGUACUUUAGGAUGGAGAUGUUUGUCCAGUGAAAGCAACAUCCCACAGCAGCAGGAGCAGGUUCCCACUGCCUGUCCCCACUGUGGAGCAUGGGCUGCGCUAAUGGCCAUGACCCCACUGCUCCCACCUUGAGCUGACACCAUCCCCUGUCUCCUGUAAGCUCAACAGCUCCCAGAUUUCCCCCUGGGAAUCCCAGGCUGGGUGUUCGGGGGAUGACAUCUCCAAACCACUGUCCUGUGGGAUGGGAACCGCUAACAGCAGGGAGGGCUGGGGUGGCAGGGACAUGCCUGGUGCAGUGGUGGGGCCACCCUUGGGUUUGGGUGUCCCAGCCCUGAGCAGCCAGUGGCACUGCACUGGGCACAGGGAGAGCUUUGGGGGUUCACCAUCAUGCUGAACUGAGAAAACCAGGAGGCCUGUGGGGGUUGGCUGUUCCCUAACCCUCUGGCAUGGGCAAAGGAGGGAAAAUCAGGCUGAUGUUCCAAGGGUGGCUCAUCUACCAAAGCUCAACCUGCCUCGUGGUUUCAAAGGGGACAGUGAGAGCUCUCCAGGCUUGGCCAGACACCACGGUGUAGGACUGUGAUGGUGCUUGUGGCUGACACCAGGUCAGGGCAGAACAGGCAGGUCCUUGCUCAGGAGUGUCCUCUGGGGUGACCAGGAGGGUUCUCUGGCCACUGGGAGCUGUGUGUCCCCAAGGCUGCAGGAGCAGCAAAGCAAGCUCCUGGGGUGGCUGCAGACCAGGGCAAGCACACGGUGAUGGAGAGGAACCUGGAGGAUGCUGCUGCCUGGGUGUGAGCAAAGAAAUGAGCAUCCUCUGCCAUGGCACAGGGGAGAGAUGGGAUUUGGGUGUGGGUGACACUGGUGCCAUCCUUGGCCACUCAGAAGGGACAAGGGGCGAGCAGGAGCUGGCAGUGCUGGCAGCGUGGGUGAAAGGCAACAGCCCCUUGUUCCAGCGAUCCACCCAUCAGGGAUUUAAGGAAGGAAACCAGAUUGCUGCUUACAACUUUGCUUUGAGCAUGUUUUGGAUUUUAAGAGUAUGUUUAAUAAAGGGUAUCUUAUGUCAA